AAAACGCAGCGUUUUCAAGCUGAUAGAUAAAAGCAACCACUUUUCCGGCUAGUGUGAGAGAGAGAGAGAGAGAGAUUGAUUAUGGAAGGUGUAGGAUCGAGAUUGAGCCGGACGUCGUCGAGAUACAGUGGUCCGUCGGCGACGGCGGUAUUCAGUGGCCGUGUAAGGAAGUGGAAGAAGAAGUGGGUACGUGUCUCAACCUCAUCCGUCGGUGUUUUCAGAGCAUCUAAAUCCAACGGUCGUAACAACAAUAACAGUAACUCACCACAUCAUCUACUUCUCCAUAAGUGGACUCCACUUACCACAGCGACGGUUACUGCCUCCGACGCUAAUGGUUCCGGUGAGACGGAGGAGCCACCUAAACGAAGAUUCAGAUACGCUCCAAUUGCGAUGCUUGAGCAUAGAGAGAAGGUGGUUUCUAAGGAUUCUGAAAUUGAAGAGACUGAAGAAUUCGACACUGAAUCUCCAUUACCUAAAGCUGUUGAGUUGGACAUGAACAUAACAGAUUCAGACCAAACUAAGGAAGCAAAAACUGGGAACUUGAAUCUGGGACUGUGUCUGAAUUCUGAAGGGACUGACGAAUGAUGAGGAUCAUAUUGGAUUAGCAUGAAUCAACGAUAAAAGUGUCAGCAUUUGGUAUUGUUGUAGCUGUGAUGAUGUCUCAUAUUGUAUCUUAUUCUAGGCGUUUGUUGCACUUUGAUGUUUCUAUGUAGUGUGUUUGUAAGCUAGAAGACGUUAUAUAUAUGUAAGAUUUGAAGCUUUUACCAAGAGGUUGGCUCAUGAAA